UGCGGCUGUGCGAAUGUUGAAAGCAGGAGCAAGACCGAGUAUGAUCUAUGAAGCUAUUAGGGACGAGGAUGGAAACCCAACCGCAACUAGAAAGAACAUAUCUAAUUUAGGCUUACGAAUCAACUCUCUAGAGGAGACUGCUUCAAUGGAGGCACUGAUAAUCGGCAUGGAGAAAAGAGGAUAUAUAGUGCGCCGUGAAAAUUAUAAAGGAAA